GCAGUGCCCAGGCUGCACUGCACUGUACGGUUCUUUGAUGUGCUAUGGAAAAAAGGAGAUUUUUGAGGAGUUACAACCUCUCUGCAGUGAGAGGUGAGUCAGCACUAUUGAGAUUAAUAUCAGUAACCUCCCCGUACUCUUAAUGCACGAGGCUCCCCUUGGGUUUCACCAUCUGAACCACUUCCCAUUUUGGUCACAUUACAAACAGGAAGGCUGCCUGGGGUUUAUUUUGUGGGAUGUCUGCAGUUCCUUGUAAGAGGAAGGACUUACAAGCUGGUUCAUAGCUUUGAAGGCCCAACAGGGUUUUGGGGUCCACUUUUAAUAGAUCAUAAUGUUUUGUCAGGAAAUGCUUCAGUCAUUACACAAGAAAUUAUCAACAGAUGACAUGCCCUCUCCCUUCUACCUCUUGUGACAGAUAAACCCGCCUGCAUGUAUCCCAUCCCUAUGCAAAUGGGGAGGCUUUGCAGGGCUCAUCUGAGAAAAAAACUAAACCAAAACCAGAAAACAACUCAGAAACCUUUCACAAACAUCAGUGAAGGAAUAGCUGUAGUUUCUCUCCUCUGUCUACUCUGUAUGUAUGAGCCACGGAGACUCUGACAGCCGAGCCAUGCCAUGAAGAAAAGACACCACACUUAUCUGUGUAAUUUUCUUAAAAGAAACUUCAUGUCUGGUUUGUAUGUUUCCCAGUUCCUCAUAAGGACAUUUUCCUCAGGGGUAUAGGUUGGAAGCAAGACUUUCUUGUUCCUCAAAUGCUUUGCACAUUUUAUUUUAUCGUUGUUUUUUUCCCCCUGCUUUUUUCAAAGCAUGCUCUGAAGCUGAAGCCAGUAUGGGGAGGUGUAUCUGUGUCUUGGUUGAUUGCCUCUUUCUUCAUCUCUUCGUGACCCCACUUGUAACUGAACAUACUUUCCAUUGCCUCUGUAGUGAGCAAAAGGAGUCUUUGAAAUGUGACAAGCAAAAGGGCUCAGACAAAGAACAGAUACUUUAUGUAGGUCUACAUAAGCCACAAAGAGCUAUUUCUGAAGCAGCGCAGCUGGCAGAUUUCUCAGCUGGACUGUUCCUGUGACUAGUUAUCAGUUUUAUUCUUCUUUGCUGUAUUUAAGAAAUUUCAUUUGCUGCUCUGGUACUAAAAUGAAAAUAAAAUUGAGGAAAAAAAAAGAGAUUUUAAAAGAAAACUGUUCCGCUUUGCAACCUCACAUUUGCUUCAGCAGUGGGGUAAAAGUGGGGCCAGACAGGACCGGGGAAGGCCUCAGAAAGACAUGACUGCUGCUGCCUUGGGGCUGACACUGAACUGUUACUAAAAUCUGAGUGUGAACAGUGUUUGCUUCGCUUCCUCUUUUGACAUAAACUUUUUUCAGUUCAGAUUUGUGAGAUGUAGAAUGCUACAACGUUUCUGGACUGUGAGGAUGGUUGUCAAAUGUUUUUAAACCCAGGGAGUCUUAGAGGAAGAGAGUUGGAAGUUUGCUAGAAAGUGUGUGAUUUGUUGCACUCUUUUCUGACACUGCUUGGAAAAUUUACACUGUCUGGGCAAAGAGAACCGUGUCUCUGGAACGGCUUCCCUCCUGCUUCUAAAAGGAUUUGCUAUGCAGUUAACCCUUCUGAUUGCUUGCUAUUUGCUAUUUCAGCUCCUUUAGCACUUGUAAUAACAACACACUACAUCCAUAUAAUACUUGCUACACAGUACUCUGAUAGUAUGAACUAUUAGGGAGUAAUUCUGUGCUAGUCUAGUCCAGACUAGGGUGAACAGUACAGAGGAACAAGGGAUCAAUAGAAACCGAAGAAUUGUUGGUAGAGGGGAGAAGAGACGUGCAGAAUCCCUUAACGUACCCUGGGCAUCCUGCCCUGAAAUGUCACUGUUUCCGACACCAAUAAUAUACAAAAUAAAAGGGGAACACCAAGUGCUGUGUGUGUGUGAGCUGGGGGGGGAACACCUGCAUUAAAAAAAUUGCUAUGAGUGACAUCUGAGAGCUGACAUCUCUCUUAAAUCCCUGCUGUGAGAUCACUCGAGUCAAUCUGCUUGCACAUUUCGAUGGCAUGUCCACGUAGCAAGCACCAAAGGACAAGGUGGACGGACAGUACAAACAUAGACCCUAGCGACUUUUCCAGACAGAUCCUUUUGUUCUAGGUAUACUAAAGAAUGCUGAUGGACAGAAAUGGAGACACUGCUAAAAAUUACCUGUCAGUAACAUAAGUUUACCUUUUAGCAGAUCGUUGCAUCUGCAGUUUUAUUAAAAUGUCAUGAGUGUACGCCUUGAAACCUCAGUUAGGAAAUCCACAACAGUCACUGUCUCAGCAAGCACAAUGAGGCAUGCAGAUCUGGAGAAUCAUCAGAGGAAGAGAGCAGCUUUUGCCUGAUAUCUCCAGCCCUCCUCUUUCCUUCACCUUAAAGCUGGGAACAAUGAGAUUGCUCCAGUAUCUAUUCUUCCUAAUGAUGGUCAAGUCCUUGAGGAGCUUUAAUGUUGACACUGGCAAGACGUGGAUCACACCACACACAGCCUCUCUGCUGUGGCCCACUGUUCUUCAGCACUCGGAUGGGAAUGCAACCAUGAUUUUGGCUACUUCCUCAGUAGACAAGGGGCUGGGCAGGCUGAGGAAGUGCACUGUUUUGCAGGAGGAGAUCCAAUGCCAGGAGAUACCUCUGCGAGGAAAGAUUAAAGGCUCCAAAAACAUCCAGGAUGGUGGCAUAGCUAUUGACAGGAAUUCAGAUUGGAUCCUGGCUUGCCUGCAGAAGAAGCACCGCCGAGCCUUCACCACUACGGAGGAUAUGAACGGAGUCUGUACUCUGCUCACUGCCGACUUGCGCAGCACAGCUUUCCUCAACCUCACCAAGAUGGUUGAGACCAAAUUAAACAGCAUUACAAGUAAAAACAGCAGAGAAAAGAUUAGUGACACCAGCAGCUCUGUCAGCACAGACAACACCAGCGGCGCUUGUGGUGAGCUCUUUGGCAGCACAGGGAACAACCACAUGUGCAAAGAACUGGGAACAGAGAUUGCUGUCAUUCUGGGUGGAUCAGAGAACACCAAGCCAGAUGAUUUCCAAAAUGCCAAGACAUCUAUCCUCAAUAUGAUGAAGUCAAUGUGGCAGAAAUGCUCGAAGAUCAGGUUUGCUGUGGUGCAGCAUAGAGCACAGAUCCAAACUGAACUGAGCCUGCAAGAAAGCUGCGACAGACUAACUGCUUUCUUCAAAGUCCGAAACAUCAAGCAGCAGAGCUCACGGACUGACAUCGCAGCCGCACUGCAGCAUGUGUUGGAUAAAGUCUUUGAUGAAAGCUGUGACUCCAGCCAGACUGGUGACAAGAUAAUCAUUGUCAUGGCAUCUGGGCAAGUGUUUCUGGAAAACCAUAGAUUGAGAAAUGUGAUGAACUCCCUGGAAACGGCUAUGGUCAAACUCUAUGCUCCUGAGAUUGGAGAGUUCAUUAGCAACCAGUGGGUCCCAGAAGAGUUGCAGAAUGUUGGAAGUGAAUGGUUUGUGCUGUCCACAUAUGAAGAUUUUGACAGUUUCCUUUCAGAGUUGGAGAGAGAGACCCUGAAGGAUUCAGCUGAAAAUAUUCCAACUGAUGCACCAGAGCACAGAAACGCUAAUGACAGUGGUGACAGCAAGCUGCCUUCCUGGGUGGAGGAGGACAAAGAAGAGGAGGAGGAAAAUGGUUUGCCUUCUGGAACAGAGAUUGCUUUUAUUCUGGAUGGAUCAGGGAGCAUUGAGCCAGAGGAUUUUGAAAGAGCGAAAGCGUUUAUCCACAAGAUGAUGAAAACAUUGUAUAAGAAGUGUUUUGAGUGCAAUUUUGCAGUGGUACAGUAUGGGUUUGAAAUCAGAACUGAGUUUGACCUGCGAGAAAACUGGGAUCCUCGUGCCACCCUCCAGAAAGUACUUGAUAUUGUACAGGUGUGCAAUGUGACAAAAACAGCAUCUGCCAUGCAGCAUGUCCUGGAUUCUAUCUUCACCGAAAGUCAUGGGUCCCACAAGGAUGCAGCCAAGGUCAUGAUUGUGCUUACAGAUGGGGAAAUACUCCUGGAUGAAAUGAACUUGACAACAGUGAUAAAUUCACCCAAAAUGGCAGGAAUUGAGCGUUAUGCCAUUGGGGUGGGAGAUGCCUUCAAAAAACCAAAGGCCCUAAAUGAAUUGCGCCUAAUUGCAUCUGGUCCAGAUGACACUAAUGUAUUUCAGGUGACCAAUUAUUCAGCAUUAGAUGGGCUGCUCUCAACCCUGCAGCAGAGUAUUAUUGGUAUAGAAGGUAUGCAGGGUGAUGCUCUGGAAUAUGAGCUUGCACAAGCUGGUUUCAAUGUGCAAAUCUUGGAUAAGCAAGUCUUAAUGUUUGGUGCAGUGGGGGCCUUUGACUGGUCUGGUGGAAUUCUGCUGUAUGAUCUGGCAACCAAGAGAGCUGUUUUCCUGAAUGAAUCUAAAGAAGAAGCCAAAAAAGCAAAAUACAGUUACCUAGGGUACAGUGUGGCAGUGGUACACACAGAAUACGGGCCCUUGUACGUGGCUGGAGCUCCACGGCACAGCAUGAGAGGGAAGGUGUUGGUGUUUCAGGAUGGCCGUUUAAAACAGACCCUGCAAGGAGAACAGGUUGGCUCUUAUUUUGGAUCUGAGCUCUGCCCACUUGAUGUGAACCAUGAUGGGGUGACAGAUCUUCUCCUUGUUGGAGCUCCAUUUUAUCACAUUCGAGGGGAAGAAGGAAGGGUUUACGUCUAUCGCCUGGAGACAGAGACUGGUUCAUUCACCAUGGAAGGCCACUUAAACGUGCAGGUGACCUCUCCUUUUGCGAGGUUUGGGUUUACAGUGGCCAGCAUUGGAGACAUCAAUGGGGAUGGAUACGAGGAUAUUGCAGUUGGAGCCCCCCUUGAAGAUCAGCUUUUAAACAGUUCCUCUUUUGGCAGCAUUUACAUCUUUAAUGGUGAUAAAGACAAGAUCAGGAGCUCUUUUUCUCAAAGAGUAAAAGCCUCUGAAAUUUCUUCAGGACUCCAGUAUUUUGGACAAUCCAUUGAUGGUGGCUUUGAUUGCACUAAUGAUGGCCUCCAAGAUAUUACAGUAGGAUCACUGGAGAAUGUGGUUGUGCUCCGCUCAAGACCAGUUGUCCACUUUCUCACCAGCAUGAGCUUCAACCCUGAGAAAAUCCUAACUUUACAAAAUAACAGCAUUGUUACAGCAAAACUAUGUUUCGAUACAAUCUCAGCUUUACCAGUGUCUCAUCAAGUGUUUUCACAGUUAUACAUUCUCUACACGGUGGACUUAGAUGUGAAAAUGGCAGAGAGGAGAGUACAGUUUGAAGAUCAGAACACCACAACAAGUGGGAAGCUGUUGGUCAGCAAGCACAUGUGCUCUCAGCUGCAGCUUUACUCGCUGCCAUGUGACUUUGACUGUUUUUCCAGUGUUUUUCUGAGAGUUAAACACAAGCUCUAUGAGAAAAAUGAUAACACGGAGUUUGCUGUUCCUGUGCUGGAUAGAUACAAGCCAUCAGAAAUGCAUUUUCAGAAAGGAAUUAGUGGUGGGCCACACUAAAGAAGUGACCAUGAAUGUUUCGCUAAUGAACAGUGGAGAUGACUCAUACAUGACAACUAUGGUCUUGAACUAUCCUAAAAACCUACUUUUUAAGAAGGUGACUGUUGAGCCAUCCUCUCCUGCUAUUCACUGCGGCCAACCGAUACCAUUAACUUCUCUAGUCUCAUCCUGUAACUGCAGUAUUGGGCAUCCAGUAUUCAAGAAGAC